GCGCCAUCUACCGACGUAUGCUCCGUUGGCGUACGUGCGAGAAAGCUUGCGGCAAGACAAAGGCGAGGCACAAGGUCCGAAAUCUUUGUCUCUGUUUUAAUUUUUAUUUCUCUUGGACUGAUAGAUACUGCACUACAGUACAUCGCCUCUUACUGGGGAAAAUGGAUUCGUCCCAAGACGGAAAGAUCUACGUGGGGAGUCUCAGCUAUAAUACAGACGAGAACUCCCUUGAAGAGCAAUUUAAACUUUAUGGAAGAGUGGCUGAAGUUUUGGUGAUCAGGGACAGAGAAUUCCAGAAGUCCAGAGGCUAUGGGUUUGUCACGUAUGCCGACCCUGCUGACUGUGCAGAGGCCAUUAAGGCUAUGGAUGGAGCCACCCUAGAUGGCAGACAGAUCAAAGUUGCCUAUGCCGUGAAAUCUAGCGGGGAUCGCCGCGGCGGUGGCCGCAGCGGUGGAAGAUUUCGUGGAGGCGGUGGCGGAGGAUACAGAGGUCGUGGUGGUGGCAGCUAUGGUGGGGGUGGUUAUGACAGAGGCUAUGGCGACAGAGGCAGCUACAACGACAGGGGUGGUGGCUAUGGCGACAGGAGUGGUGGCGGUGGCUAUGGUGGACGAAGUGGUGGCGGAUACAGUGGCGGCGGUGGUGGAGGAUACAGUGGAGGCGGAUAUGGCAGCGGGGGCGGCGGCUAUGGCAGAGAUAGAUAUGGUGGAUCCAGUCGGAACAAACCUUACUAGCUCAGUUCAGUGAUUUCCAGUGUAAGAAGAAUAGAGGAGUAAAAAAGAACAUCUCUUUACACUGAGUUAUGCACCUUUACUGCAGGUGUCAUACAUGAACAAUUUAGUUUCCAAGAGUAUUUUUCCUUCAACUUUCUUAGACAGCAUUGUUUAACUAUGAGAUGAGACAGAGGGGUGCCAUCUCUAAGUGCUGUUCACAGUCUUCGUCGUCCAAAUGCAGACUCAUUUUCACAAGUGUCAAAGAGUUACUCACGCCACCAUUUGCCGUCACAGAUUGCAGAGUGCUUUUGUGACGUUUUGCACCUUUAAAAGUUUUUAUUUGCCCAAGUCCUCUAUCAGCAUGGAAGACCUAUACUUGGGUUAGUAUCUACAGGGGGGAAACUGUGUUCUGUUGCAUUUCUUUGGUGAAACUCUUGACUUGGUUCAGCCAGAGGAGUCCAUCAGAAAUCUAGUGCUGAAAACGUGUUUUAUAUCUCCUUCAUAGAGUGGGAAUGGAUUGCUUAACAACAUUGGUGACUUUUUUAGACUUCUGUAUAUCUCAAAGGAACUGAUUCAGCACCACCCCCACCCCCCCCACCCCAAAUUUAUUUUGGCAUCCUCAAGACCACUCUAUCCGAGUGAAUGGUUACAUGCAUUCCAUGCCUUUUUACCUGCAGAUAAAAGUGUUGCUCGUGAGCAUUGCUAUGGAAAAAUGCUUUGGUUUUACACAGUUGAAAUUGUAAGUGCAGUCCUUUGAACAAUAACAUAUGAAAUUGACUCCCAAGACAAAAAAAAAGUAUGUGAAAUGAACUUGCCUGUGGACUGAAGUAUUGAAAUGUUGACUCGACUUCAUGUGGUCCUUUUAUUUUGUUUAUCAGUUUUUGUACAUUCAUAGAUCACUGAGGGUUGUCCAAUAUUUUAAAGUUGCUUUGUAUCAAGCAAGUUACUUGGAUAACUCCAGCAGUUGGACUGAUGUUCUGACAUUUAUAUUUUGUACAUAACUGUAGCUUGAAUGCAAAGUAUAAUAAAAAUCUAUAAGAUGCGAGACAAUGAGUGUAUAGUUUUGUAUAUGAAUGUAUAACAAGUCACAAAGAAUGGUUCUUUGAAAGUGUGUAUAAUAUCUGUAUCACAAUGAAAAGUAAGCUGUUCACUCUUUUGGUAGUUGUAUUAUACUUCCAAGUUUUAUAUUUAAGGAUUGUUUUAGUAUUAUUAUGAUUAUUUUGCAGUCUUUAGUUGAUAUUGGUACAUUCAUUUUUCAUGUGUGAUAAGUGUUUAUAAAGAAAGGGUAGCAAAGUCAUUGUCUCUUGCCUUCUUUGGUAUGUCAGUGUUUUGAUAGUCAUUUCCAUAAUCAAGUCAACAAACUUGGUGUAAUUGUGAGUCUUUCUUUUAUUGAAAUAAACAUUUGGGAGCUUUA